GACUUAUCAAAAAUUGGUACAAAAGACCCAAAAUACUUGAUGCCGGAUUAUAUUAACUCACCGGACUGUGGCAAUGAUGAUGAUGAUGAUUUGUUCACACUUUCAACAAAAUGGGGAAAAGAAUAUUUCACUACACACUAUCCAUCAUUUGACCGUUCUAAAAGUGACAGAGACUGCCUGUUUGGAAGAGACUUCAUUCGAGAAACAGUGAAGAAAAUGGAACCCACAUUGAGACAAAUAUAUAGUGGUGAAUGCAUCAGUACUUUUAUCAAACACAGUGACAACAAAUUUGUAAUGUCAAUUAUUAACGAUCUUACAUGGAUUCAACAGGAUGAUAUGGUACAAGAACUCAUACUUUACCUAAUGGAGCUAGAAAGUGAUAUAAAUAAAAAAGCUGGUCCAAUUUUGAGUUAUACUGGAAGGAAAAUUGUUUGGUCUGAAAUAAUUGCCUCCUUAAUCAUGAGUAAAUUUGGAAUCAAAUAUGAAGCAGCUGUAAAUUGUAUAUUAGAAAGCAAGAUACCUACUUCUGAACCUACUUACAUUAAAGAAUAA